CUUCCUCUAUCCACUCCACCUCAAGUGGGGCCGGCUGGCUGGACCAGCGCCCUGGGGCCCAUGAACAGCGGGUCCGCAGGAAGGCUGGCCGUGGGGAGAGUGAAAUUCUUCGGCCAGCACCGCGGGGAGGUCAACUCCUCAGCCUUCUCUCCCGACGGCCAGAGGCUGCUCACAGCCUCUGAGGAUGGCUAUGUGUACGGCUGGGAGACCCAGAGCGGGCAGCUGCUGUGGAGGCUGGGUGGCCAUGCAGGCCCCAUCAAGUUCUGCCGCUUCUCCCCUGAUGGCCACCUUUUUGCCACGACCUCUGGUGACUGUACCAUCCGCCUGUGGGAUGUAGCAGAAGCCAAGUGUCUGCAUGUCCUGAAGGGUCAACAGAGGAGCGUGGAGACGGUUAGCUUUAGCCCUGACUCAAAGCAGCUGGCAUCGGGUGGCUGGGACAAGCGGGUGGUGCUCUGGGAGGUGCAGUCUGGCCAGAUGCUGCGCCACUUAGGAGGGCACCGAGACUCUGUCCAGAGCAGUGACUUCGCACCCAGCUCAGACCGCGUGGCCACUGGCUCCUGGGACUCUGCUAUCUGCAUCUGGGACCUGCGGACGGGGACCCCAGUGACCUCCCACCAAGAGCUGGAGGGCCACAGUGGCAACAUCAGCUGCCUGUGCUACUCAGCAUCCGGCCUCCUGGCUUCCGGCUCCUGGGACAAGACCAUCCACAUCUGGAAGCCUUCCACCAGAAACCUGCUUGUUCAGCUCAAGGGCCAUGUCACCUGGGUGAAGAGCAUAGCUUUCUCUCCUGAUGGGUCACAGCUAGCCAGCGCUGGCUACUCCCAUAUGGUCAAAGUCUGGGACUGCAACACAGGAAAGUGCAUGGAGACUCUGAAGGUAAGUAAGGUCCACGGAUGUAGCACCCAAGGGUGUAGGAAAAGGCCUGCCAGGGGGGGUUGGGAGCAGGCAGGACUCGCGUUCCCAGAGCCCAGUGAAGUGCUUUCGGCAGGGAGUCCUGGAUGUGGCCCACGCCUGUGCCUUCACCCCAGAUGGGAAACUCUUAGUGUCUGGAGCUGCUGAUCAGGCAAGAUGCCAAUUCCGAUGCAUGAUCAAAUCACCCAGAGCCUCUCAGAUAUAACAUCACCACAAAUGGCUCUUUGAUCUCAAGCCUGUCUCUCCCUGCCCAGGGCGCAUGGGACCUGGCAGAACGAGCCCCUGAAAGGACAGUGAGGGCAACUGCACGCCACAGGCCCAAAGUAACCUUAACAGAGCACCCUACAGAUCCCUGUGACCAGGAUUGGUCAUGGUCCCACGCCGGGGCUGCCAACAGCCGCAGGCAGGCCUACCAAAGCCCAGGCCCCUAGUAACCACAACCAGGGCACGCCAGCCCACCUCUCCAGCACGGUUCGCUGAAACACCCGCAAACAUGAAGCAAUGCCAGCCAGUUUGUUUGUGUUUUAUUGAUGCCGGUGCUCAGGCCUUGACCGCAUACUUCCGCAGUGGGUAUAGCCGCUCCUUCCGCUGCUGCUUCUUGGUCUUCAGGUUUUCCUCGUGCUUGUUUAGCCGGCGGCGCAUGGCACGUGUCUUCUUGGGCCGCAGAUCCAGGGGCUUA